AUGGCGUCUCUACACUCAUCUGCCAUGGCUUUACUAGCUCUUGUUGGCAGCACUGCCGCAAUGGCCUCAGGCUCCUCCUCGCCCCCAGCUGGUCCUACUGGUCUUUCAUAUCCGUCCGGGUUUGAUAUGAAAACAAGCUGGGCCAACCUGAGUCCUUAUUCCGAUGCAUCUGAUUUCACUAUCCCCAAGGGUUUUCCAUUGGAGUGUGAACUAUCCCAAGUGCAUGUGCUACACCGCCAUGCCCAGCGGUAUCCGACACAAUGGCUUCUCGAUGGAGAAGGCAUGGAGAGCUUCGCCCAGAAACUGGUCAACUACACCAAGAAACAUCCACACAAGAAGAUCGGCUCUGGAUCACUGGCUUUCUUGGACGAUUGGGAGUACACGCUUGGCUCGAACACUCUGCUUCCCACGGGUGCUGCCACCGAAGCUAGUUCCGGCGCCCAAUUCUGGAGCCAGUAUGGUCGGUUGCUCUAUCGCGCAGAGAACGGUGAGCCAGCCUGGAAUGCUUCGUUGAAUGUGUAUCCUAAUGGCACCGCGCGCCCAAAACCGACUUUCCGCACGACUUCGUAUCCCCGAAUCUUGGAGAGUUCUCGCUGGUGGCUGGGUGGCUUCUUUGGGAACACAGGAGCCAACAGCUCAUACUCGGAAUACGAUCUGACUGUAAUCCCCGAGGUCACAGAUUUCAACAACACCCUAUCUUCGACCAGUUCCUGUUCCAGUGGUUUAGAGCCAGGUGACAACGCUGCUCCUAUAUUCGCCGAGUCUCUUGUCAAAAAUGCCCGGAAGCGCCUUGCUGCACACCUUCCAAAGGAUCUGAAGCUGGACACCCUCGACAUCAUGGCGAUGUUCAAUAUGUGCCCCUACGAGUAUGCGACUCUAGGCCAGUCAUCGUUCUGCGCGCUCUUCACUGAGCAGGAGUGGCGCGACUAUGAAUACUACGUCGAUCUCCAAUUUUACGGUAGCUUCGGAUUCGGCUCCCCAAGUGGCCGCGCCCAAGGAAUUGGAUAUGUUCAGGAACUUGCAGCGCGCCUGCAGUCCAAGCUCAUCAUGAGCAGUGACAGCAGCAUCAACUAUACCUACGAUGAUAACACCAAGUCAUUCCCGCUCGACCAGCCACUGUACAUGGACAUGUCCCACGACGAUGUCAUUGUAUCCGUACUGGCUGCUUUGGGUCUAAGUUACUUCAAUUAUGGUCCUCAUGGUCUGCCUGUCUCCGUUGCACACGCCCCGCGCCGCAACUUCAACAUCAACCAGAUGACACCCUUUGGCGCUCGUCUUUACUCUGAGAUUUGGACAUGUCCCAAGGAUGUCUCGUUUAAGAAUCUCCAGGUGCAGAAGUACAAGAACCCGGAUCUGUCAUCCAAGCCUCACACUACCGAUUAUAUCCGAUUUGUGCUGAACAAUGCGCCCGUGCCUCUGGAUGGUCUUAAGGUCUGCGAUGGCUCUGUGAAUGGAUUCUGCAAGGUCAAAGAUUUCCUCAGUGCUAUGCCUGAUCUCAACAAGCAGGCGAUGUACCAGGAAGCUUGCUUUGGUGACUACAAUAUCACUACUCAAGUGGGCAAUGGACAGCCGAGAAAGCCUUGA